AUGUAUUGUCUAUUGAAUAUUUAUUAAUUUCAUAAAAAUAAGCAUUUUAGUAAGAAAAAUAAAUAUUUAAAUAAGUUCUUUUAAAUCCUUCAGAAAAACUCAAUAUAAAUAAAUGUCACCUUAAAUUUCUAAGUGCCACUAUAUAAAUACAUAGUUCCAUUCAUUGAAAUAAAAUCAGAUUACCUUUAUGAUUAUGUUAAAUACUUUAAAAUGAGGUAACUAAGUAUCUGAACUUAUUUAGAAUACUUUAAGGAAUAGAUAAUGACUAAAUCAAUAAUAAUUAAGAAUGA